AUGUCCUCCGGCUUCACCGCCAGAUCUUUUCCGGCCGAGCCCUCCAAAGAGGCGAUUUCCCCUCGAACUCCAUAUCAAAACCACGCCGUUGACGAGAUUGUGCUAGAUACGAGGGAGCCUCAAUCCGUCGAAACGGUUUCACCGGGCAUGGAGAACGUGAGCUCUGCAGAUGCUGUACCGGGGAAGUCCGUACAUAUCAUUAGGCCCUUCCUCGUAACAGGCAGUAGGAUCUUAUCCAGAGGCUCGCCCAAGCAUCAGAAGCGAGGUUUCGAGGAUGACGAGAUGAGGGCGGCGGUUGCAGCCGCCCAGGAAGUGAGCAGCACUUUCGGGUCAACUCCGGCCAACCUGCCGGCGGCGCAGACUCCGAGCCACGCGCUGAACUUGCUGGCGCCGCUCAUCCGCUGGACGGGACAGCUCUUGCGGACGGGUCCCGAAGAUGACGUACCGCCGAUCCAUGUAGAUGAGGACUACAGGCAGUCCUUGAUUCAGCUGAUGAAGCUUGUCCCCUACUCGCUGCAGAAUCUUGAGUUGAUUGGAGCGGGACCGGCCGAGCUGAUACAGGCAGGCUUCUCCGCACGGCAGCUCAAAGAGGCUGGCUUUUCCUGGAGCGCCCUGCGAGGUGCUGGGCUGACACUGCGGGAGCUGCGUCAUGCAGGCUACCCGGCCGAAGACUUCCUAUCCGGCGCUGUGGACCUCGGGGAGCUGAGAUCAUUGGGCUUCAGCGCCCGAGAGCUGCGCGAGUCCUUGGGUCCAACAGCAGCUCGGGAGCUGCAUGCCGCAGGCUUCACAGCCACGCAGUUGAAGCUUGCAGACUUCGACGCCUGGCAGCUGGAGGAGGCAGGCUGCAGCAUCCCCGAAAUCCUGGAUGCCGGCUUCUGUGCCCAGCAAAUGCGCUACACUUCCCUCUCUGCCGAUGGCAUGAGGGCUGCCGGCUUUGGAGCGAAAGAACUCUGGGAGGCGGGCUACAGCCGAAGGCAGCUCGAGUUUCAGUUCACAGCGGAAGAGCUGAAUGCAGCAGGCAUCGGAGAACGAGAAGAGGAAGCAGAGCUGCGCAAAGUCGGACUGCUGGAGAACAGCAGGCCGAAAAGUCGCCCGGAGGACACCGGCCUGAGUAGUCUUAGCGCAGAGCAGGUUUCGCAAGUGGCCCUGCAGUACCCAUGGGGUUAG